AGCUGGAGGCUUGAGCUUCCGGAUCCUGCAAGGGGUCCCGGCGCCCCAGGGGUGGGUGGCAGGACCCUGGUUUGGGAGACAUCGGCAUAAAGGGGGUGACUGGACUCAGGACCCCUGGGUGAGCUGCCCUGUCCAGAUCAUGGACCCUGAAGUGUCCUUGCUGCUGCAGUGCCCCCCAGGUGGGCUUCGGGAGGAGCAGGUGCGGGCUGAGCUGAGCCCAGACCACGACCGUCGCCCACUGCCAGGAGGGGACGAGGCCAUCGCUGCCAUCUGGGAGAGCCGGCUACAGGCUCAGCCCUGGCUCUUUGACGCCCCCAAGUUCCGCCUGCACUCAGCCAUCUUGGCACCCACUGGCUCACAGGGACCACAACUGCUCCUGCGCCUGGGCCUGACUUCCUACCGAGACUUCCUGGGCACUAACUGGGCCAGCUCGGCUUCCUGGCUGCGACAGCAGGGGGCCGCUGACUGGGGUGACAAGCAAGCCUACCUGGCAGACCCUCUGGGGGUUGGCGCCACACUGACCACUGCAGAUAACUUCCUUGUCUUCCUGCGUCGCUCUCGGCAGGUGGCCGAGGCACCUGGGCUGGUGGAUGUGCCUGGUGGGCACCCUGAGCCUCAGGCCGUGUGCCCUGGUGACAGCCCUCUGCACAAGGACCUCCCUGGGGAGCUGGUGGUGCAUGAGCUCUUCUCCAGUGUCCUCCAGGAGAUCUGUGAUGAGGUGAACGUGCCACUGUCCACCCUGAGCCAGCCACUGCUAUUGGGCAUUGCCCGCAAUGAGACCAGUGCCGGCCGCGCCAGUGCCGAGUUCUACGUCCAGUGCAGCCUGACUUCCGAGCAGGUGAAGAAGUACUACUUGAGUGGGGGAGCCGAGGCCCACGAGUCUACCAGAAUCAUUUUUGUGGAGACACAGAGGGUAUGGAGGUUGCAGGAGACCGAAAUGUGGGUUGAGCUCUGCCCCUCGGCUAAAGGCGCUAUCUUCCUCUACAACCAAGUCCAGGGAAGUCCCACCUGAGUCGCCCUAGGGCCCUCAACCCUCGCACAACUUGGAAGACAAUAAAGGACUUUAUUCUUGGAUUCCAUUGGCAUCUGCUGUUUCCGUGAGGCAGAGAUGGACCGCUGGGAGAGACCUGGGUG